AUGGCUGAGGGCGAUUCCGAGCCCUUGACGGCACUGCCGUUUUCGCCUGUCACGGCAGCGCAUAUUCUAAACUGUUCAUUUCAUUCGUGGUACCCGCUUUUCCGAUCCGCCACUCCAAAGGCCAGACUUAUCCCAUUGUCACAACCAUUCUUGGAGUAUUUACGCGCUGAUGGGAUUAUCCUUCCCCCGGACCAACCACCUAACGAUGCGGAUAGUGGCUUCGAGGAUGAGGAGGAGGAAGAUCCCUCAGAACCUUGGUCCGACAUUCAUGAGCGGAUCAGAUCCACCAUUCAAGAACUAGGCGGGAAAGUCGUUCCCAAGUUGAACUGGUCAGCGCCAAAAGAUGCCACAUGGAUGGCCACUACUAAUGACAUGGAAUGUCGGACUCCAAACGACAUUUAUCUCCUUUUGAAAUCUAGCGAUUUUGUCACCCAUGAUCUGGAACAAGCUUUUGAUGGUUGUGUCGACCAGGCACAGGUUCCGUACCAUCUCGUGCUGCGGAAGUCAUUCAACCUGAAUCCUUCGUUGGAGUUCCGAUGUUUUGUACGGAACAGAAAACUGAUUGCCAUCACUCAGCGCGAGAUGAACUAUUUCGAAUUUCUGUCUGACCUGAAAGAAUCAUUCAAAGCCAAAAUCCAGGACUUUUUACAAGAGUUAUCCGCCUUUCCGGACGACAAUUUUGUGUUUGACGUCUAUAUUCCGCCACCGCAUAAUCGGGUUUGGUUGGUCGAUAUCAACCCAUGGGCACCGAGAACAGACCCCUUACUAUUCUCCUGGCUCGAAGUCUUGCAGAUACCAGAGCCAGAAGAGAACGUUAUUUUCGAUCCAGAGUUCCGGCUUGUCCAACGUGACGACCCUGAGGCUUAUCAGUUCGCAUCGACAAAAUACAGCGCUCAUAAACUACCAAAAGAGGUCGUGGAUGCCAGUAUGGCUCCGACUGAAAUGAAGAAUAUGAUGGAAGAAUGGAAACGUGUAAUGGAAAGACGAAUCGAGGAAGAUUUUGACGACUAG